UCAAAACAUCCAAUGAAAUGUUACCGCCAUGUCCACAUACGCAUGCGUGCUCUUUAAACCGUCUCGGUGCGAAAUUCGACUUGGUGAAACUACUGUUUGAUUGAUGUUUACCAUGUGGACACUUCAAGCAUGAGCUGGGCAGCCAAUGAAUGGAAGGCAGAUUUGCCUCACAAGGCACUGCUAAAGGUUGAGGAGUUAGAAAAUCAGUUAGAAAGACUUAAGAAGGAACGUCAACAAAGGCAGUUUCAGCUUGACAGCUUGGAACAGGCACUUGAAAAACAAAAGCGCAAAGCAGAAGAGGAGAAGUCUCUGUGUGGUUCUCUGAAACGUGAAAACCAGAGCUUGGCAGAGACUUGUGAAGAACUUGAGAAAAAGCGUGAGAAGUUGCAACAUGAAUUGCAGAACAAGGACACUCACAUUUCCUGUUUGGAAGGACAGUUAGCCCAUGCAAAGCAGUCUUUAGAACAAGAAACAAACAAGGCUGGUCAGCUGAAAACAGAACUGGAAAAAGCACAGGCUGAGCACUUGGAAGCCGUGAAAAAACUUGAGAAAUUAACAGGGGAUUACAACAGGCUGCAGGAGAAUGGCACUCACCAAUCCAGGCAAAUUGAAGGACAGAGUGAGAAGAUCAAGGGUCUGCAGCAAGAAGUGAAACAAUUGCAAGGAAAUUUAGAUAGAAAGGGACAUGAACAGAAGUCAAGACAGCCUUCUGGAACACCAGGUACACUUUUUAAGAAACACUCGUUUGAAUAA